CUGUCACUCCGGAAGGGUGGGGCUUUUUUUUUUUUAAAGGCAAAUUUGCAAGGCAAACCCCCAGCCCGCUCAGGGCACCUUCGCGGUCGCCGGCGCUCCGGAUGCGUUGUUGGCUGCGCGGGGCCAGGCGCGCGCGAGCCAGCGGUUCCUCCCGGCGCAGCUGGGCCGCGGCUGCCCGCGCUCCGGGACCGAGCCGAGCCCGCGGGGCCGGACAAAGGGGCUUCUGCACCCCCAAACUUCGGACGCACAGCGCGCGCGAGCCCGGGGCGCGGCGGCCGCCUGGGAUGGGGGCUGUCAGCUAUGGAGCCCCGCAUCACCCAGAGCGCCCGGGGACCCGCGCGCCACCGCCGCCGCCCUGCGCCCGCUAGCCGGUGAAGUCUCUGCCGGGGUCUCCGUCCCGGGCGCCGGGGCCACUGUUGGCCCGGAUAACGGGAAGGGAAGAAGCCCCCGCGGGGUAAAGAUUUUGGAGGACUCCGGUGGGCGGCGGAGGAAGGAGGCUAGGCUGGCGCGCGGGGGUCGCCUGUCCCGGCCAUGGCCCGGCGCAGGGUGCGCGCGGGGCACCGGGGCGGCAGCCUGGGUUCCUAGGGCGCGCGCCCUCGCCCUGCCCAUCGCGGCCUCCGGAUCGGCGCGGCCCCUGCACCGCCCUCUCCACCUGCGCUGUGGGUCUCAGGAUGUGCCCAUCCGAGAUGGGGACGCUGUGGCAUCUGUGGUCUCCCGUGCUCAUCGGCCUGGCCGCCCUGUUCUCCAAAGUGACCGAGAGCCGGGGCAUCCUCGAGAGCAUCCAGAGGUUCUCCCUGCUGCCCACCUACCUGCCGGUCACCUACCACAUCAACAACGCGGACGUGUCCUUCUUCCUGAAGGAGGCCAACCAGGACAUCAUGCGCAACUCCAGCCUGCAGUCCCGGGUCGAGUCCUUCCUCAUCUACAAGGCCAAGCAGCUGCCAGCGCUCAAUGCCAGCUACGGGCCCUUCUCCAUCGAGCAGGUGGUGCCCCAGGACUUGAUGCUGCCCGCCAACCCCUUCGGCGUCACCAGCACGUUCUCCCUGAACUGGAAGCUGAAGGCCGCGGUCCUGCGGGAGAAGAUCUACCCCAGCCGCCCCAAGGUGCAGGUCCUCUUCCACCUGGCUGGCCGGGAAUGGACUGAUGCUCGGCCCACGGAGAGGCUGCCCUGCCUGCGCGUCUUUGCGUUCCGAGAGACCCGGGAGGUGCGGGGCAGCUGCCGGCUCGCCGGGGUCCUGGGGCUGUGCGUGGCGGAGCUGGAGGUCCCUGCCGCGUGGUUCAGCCCCCCGACGGUGGUGGCCGGGAGGAGGAGGCCGGUGGAGCAGCCCGAGGGCAGCCCGGUGGAGCUGUAUUACUCGGUGCACCCCGGGGAUGCCCACGGGGACUGCACCCAGGGGGACCGGUGGAGGACCAGCGGCCUUCGGACAGGUCACAAUGACAUCGACGAGGCGGGGCCACCCUUGCACAGGAUCGGGAGCGUCGUCCUCUACCAGACUCACGGCAGCCCGGCCCUGAAGGAGCUGCGACUGGACGGCAACGUGGCCGUGCACUACGUUCCCAGGGCGGUCAGGCGAGGCGACGUGCUCACCUUCCCCAUCUCCGUCUCGAGAAACUGCACGGAGGACCGCUUCACGCUGAGGGCCAAGGUGAAGAAAGGCGUGAGCAUCGCUGGCAUUAGGGCCAGCAGCCCCUCCGUCUGGGACGUCAAGGAGAGCUCAGAGUCCACUGGGAAGUACGCUCCUGCUGUCAUUGUGUGUCACAAGAAAUCCGCCUCCGCGGCCAACAGUGCGGACAGCAGCUCUGAGGAAGUCAUGCAGAUCGACGUGGAAGUGGAAGAGCCCAGCGACCCUCUGGCCACGCAGCUCGUCACGUGGCAGGUGGAGUACCCCGGCGACAUCACCUCCGACCUGGGCGUGUCCAAGAUCUACGUGAGUCAGAAGGACUUGGUUGCAGUGAUCCCGCUGGCCAUGGAGGCGGAGAUCCUGAACACGGCCGUCCUCACGGGGAAGACGGUGGCCGUGCCAGUGAAGGUGGUGUCCGUGGAGGAGGACGGCACGGUGACGGGGCUGCUGGAGUCGGUGGAGUGCAGGUCGUCAGACGAAGAUGUGGUGAAGGUGUCCGACAGGUGUGACUACGUCUUCGUCAAUGGCAAGGAAAUGAAAGGCAAGGUCAACGUGGUGGUCACCUUCUCCUACCAGCACCUGGUCAGCCCACUGGAGAUGACAGUGUGGGUGCCCCGGCUCCCGCUGCAGAUCGAGGUGUCAGACACAGAGCUCAACCAGAUCAAGGGCUGGAGGGUCCCCAUUGUGUCCAACAAGAGGCCCGCACCGGACAGCGAGGAGGAGGAGGCCGAGGAGGAGCGGCGGGGCCGUGGCUGCGCACUGCAGUUCCAACGUGCCAUGGUGCGGGUGCUGACGCAGUUCGUGGCCGAGGCGGCUGACCCUGGAGGACAGCUGGUCCACCUGCUGGGCCCCGACUGGCAAGUGGACAUCACAGAGCUGAUCAGUGACUUCAUGCAGGUGGAGGAGCCCAGGAUCGCCAGGCUGCAAGGGGGGCAAAUCCUGACAGGGCAGGAGCUGGGCAUGACCACCAUUCAGAUCCUGUCCCCACUGUCGGACACCAUCCUGGCUGAGAAGACCAUCACCGUGCUGGAUGAGAAGGUGACCAUCACCGACCUCGGGGUCCAGCUGGUGACGGGCCUGUCCCUCUCCUUACAGCUCAGCCCGGGCAGCAACAGAGCCGUCUUCGCCACCGCGGUGGCGCAGGAGCUGCUGCAGAGGCCCAGACAGGAAGCAGCCAUCAGCUGCUGGGUGCAGUUCAGCGAUGGCUCCGUCACACCCCUGGACAUCUAUGAUGGACAGGACUUCUCUCUAGUGGCCACAUCCUUGGAUGAGAAGGUGGUCUCCAUCCACCAGGACCCCCAGUUCCAGUGGCCGGUCAUCGCCGCCGAGACGGAAGGACAGGGCGCCCUGGUGAAGGUGGAGAUGGUCAUCAGUGAGACGUGCCAGAAAUCCAAGCGCAAGAGUGUGCUGGCCACGGGCACGGCCAACCUCAGAGUGAAAUUCGGUCAGAGUGAUGCCAACCCCAACGCCAGCGACAUCCGGCAGGCUGGGCCAGCGGGUCACCUGGAAAAUGGCACAGGCAACAGGAGGCCCAGCAAGCCCCUGCCAGAGUGGGGAACCCUGGAAGGGCAGCUCCGGAGCAGCUCGUCCUCCAGGGGCCUCAUGGAGGGCCGGGGCGAGGCCACACAGAGGCCAAGCUUCCCCCGGAGGCAGGGCCAAGGCAGCACGCUGGAGGACGGCGGGUCCCUGCAGACCGCCACAGUGGACCUCACUGGCUUCCCCGAGGCUGACGUCCCCAGGAGCGACGCGGAGAUGGAGGAGGGUGACCCCGAGCAGGCGUCCAAGGGCCUGAGUGAUCUGGAGAUCGGGAUGUACGCGCUGCUGGGCGUCUUCUGCCUGGCCAUCGUGGUCUUCUUGAUCAACUGCGUGACCUUCGUGAUGAAGUACAGACACAAGCAGGUGCCCUUCGAGGAGCAGGAGGGGCUGAGCCGCACACACGACUGGGUGGGGCUGAGCCACCGGACAGAGCUGCUGGACAACCAGGCGGCCUUCGCCUCCUGCCCCGAGGAGCAGGUCACCGCCAUCGGCCGGGGCAUGGACUUUGAGGAGAGCAAGUGCCUGCUCCUCGGCAUGGACCCCCAGCCCGGCCCCACCGGGCAGCUGCUCACACCUGCAGGAUCCUUGCUUGGCGAGGGCCAGGGGCAGCACAGUGAGCCCCCGGCGUCCCCUACCUCGAAGAGAAAAAGAGUGACGUUUACCACAUUCACGGCCAUUGCCCCAGACGACGGGCGCGUGACCGAGAGCGCUGUGGUGACCAUGAGCAGGGAGGGCGACGUUGAGUGGGGCUGCCAGGACCUGGACCUGGCCCCCGAGGGCCGCGCGGAGCCGCUCAGCUGCUCGGAGAAGGUGUAACCCGGGCCACACUCUCGGCUCUUACCUUUCGGCCUUCAAUUUGGGCACCUGUGGCUGCGGUGUACCCACAAGGGAGGGGGUGACGCUGGCUGUGGGGGCCCAGGAAAUGCUGCCCCCGUGCAUUGCCGCCCAUGGCCCGGAGGAGGAUGCCUGCUCGGCAGCGUGAAGAGGUUGGCACGGUACGAGGCGAGAAUUUGAAAUCUCGGAACCAAAGUGAGUUUGGAAUCGCCGAGCUCUGGAGAGCUCCCAGGACACCAUGGCGAUCUGGGUUUGAUAAAAUCCACAUGGCUCGGAGACGCAGGGUCAGAGUCACAAGGAAGCAUGGCUGGGUUGGUGGCAGGAAGCCUGUGCUGUCGGGGCCGCAGACCUGGGUGCCCCAGAGACUGUCCAAGCUGGCCCGGAGCACUGGAGAUGAAGGACCAAGAGGGGACAAGUGGGAGACAGGCCCAGCCACCUGUGUAACCACACACAGAGGACACACGCAAUCACACUCACAUGUGCUCACCACUAUGCUCAGCGAGGGCCCAGGACAGGGUCUUUCUGUAAACCGAGGUCCCUGGGACGAGGCGUCUCCAUCAGGGUGAAGAACCAAGCUCUUUCCAGCAGCCUUGUCCCAUGGAUUGUGCACCUCGACACCCCUCAGAAGCUGGGGGUCCCUUGGGUGGGUGGUGUCCAGCGUGCACUCGAUCCCCCAGGCUACCUGUCCACUCUGAAAUGUCCCCUGGGAAGCUCUGGGGCUGUCGGCAGCAAGGGGAUGCUCAUCUUGGGGGUGCCCUGUGUUUCCAGUGGGUCCAAGCCCAAGCCAUGAGCCCUGUCCUUUGGCUGCUUCUCCGGAGGGCAGAGGGGGCUGUGUGGUGACCAGUCUGUCAGCACUGGCGAGGAGAGGACAGCCUGCCCUGUCUGGGAACUUUCCUGGGGCUGGGAGACAGGGGAGGGUGGGCUGUCAGGUGUCUAGUGACCAGGAUGGCCACACACCCGCAGGCUCAGCCAGGUGCCCUGGGGCAGUGGAGCCUGAGCACAUCGGCCAGGCCCCAGAGAAAACCCAGCCGGAAGUCGGAAUGACCCGGGCUCCUCAGAGGGUGGCAGAGCAGGUGGGGCUGGGCGGGAUGGCGCGGGACCCCGGGAUGCAGGGGAGUCCGCCCCUCUUCCCUGCCCCUGGUCACAUCCUCCCCUCCAGCGGCCACCACGCUGGUCUCUGUCCCAGAUCCCUUCCUUCUUCUCCUCUCCUCCCCUCCCCUCUUCCUGCCUGCUGGGUGACGGAGAACAUGUCCCCACAGGACCCAUGUGAGCUGCCCGCCCACUCAUCCCCCUCCGGUGGUGCUGCUGGGGUGCUGAGGGCACCUGCCCAUCCUGGGCUCCUCCUGCUCGCUCCUUUUUCUGGGUGGCACCCUUGCCCCUGAGCCCUGCCUGUCCCAGUCCUGUGCCUGCCGCCCUCCGUGUGAGGCUGGAAGAGCGUGGUGGCCAUUUGCACCUCCCGCCAGGCAGAUAUAAAGUGCAUCACCUCUUGUGUGCUGUGCUCUGUCCCCUGCCAGGGCUGCGUCCGCCCUCCCUGGUCAGCUCUGGGUAGUGAAAAUGCAGAUCAGAGGGCCUGGUACCUCCCAGUGACACCCUGACCAUGUCUGAGGUGCCCUCUGCAUCCAGGGGAGGUGGCCUGCGGUGACAAAACGGGCCGACUGUGUGCUGAGUGUCCUGCAGGACCUGGGGGUCCGCCUGUGGGUUGCAAGUGUGAUUCCCUCCCGAAAGGCUGCCAAGGCAGGGAGAGCCGGUGGGCGGGCAGCUGCUGGGCUCUCUGGGGUCCUUGAAUCUCCGCGGCCCCGAGAUGAAGCUGGGCAGAGAGGAAAUGCUGACGCCCGGCUGCAGGGAUGCGGGUGCCUGGGGAAGCAGCGAUGGGGACAGUGGGUGCCUCGUUCACUGGGGCGCCAGGGCAGCGGGAGCCUGAGGCACCCCGGCCCCACACCGGCCUUCCUCACCGUUGGGGGAUGAACGGCCUGUAGAGCUGCUUUCAGAGCCCUGGCUUCCCCGACAGCCGGGCAGCAGGAGCCGAGGUGGCCAGCAUUUAAACGCAAGACCCUUCCACCCCGGGGUGGUGGCGUCACGGUGGGUCCCCUCUGCCCGCUCCCCAUCUUCCCAAGCAGAAAGCCACUUCUGGGUCCCCAGUGUCCUUGCCAUUCACACAGAGAGAAACAUUACUCCCAUCUCUACCCCACGUGGACAGCAGACGCAGACUGGAGGGGCCUGGGUGUCCGCUAGGGCAGUGCCCAGCUUGCUGCCCAAGGUCAGCGCUGUCCUUCCACAAACACAGUGCCCAGAGUGCCAUUAUGUGAGCUGCACGUCCAGCUGUCCUCCUGAGCAUGGAUGAGGCCUCUUCGCCCCUCCCUCCUGGCCUGCAACUCCUGUACCCACCAUGCUCUCUGGGUCCCCAGGGUCUGCCUCAGCGCCCCAGGGAGGCUGCACCUGCUCCCUGCCUCCCAGCCUUCUCUCUGCUGUGGGGCCCCUGGGAGCUGGCUAUAAAGGGCAGCAAAUGGGGUGCUUUGAACAAUGCACAUUUUUUUAUCUCACAAAAUGCAGGUUGGGAGUGCGAGAGGGAGUCCUGAGCAGAGGCUGCGUCUUCUGCGGUUUGGAGAGCGGCUUGCUGGGACCCCUUGUGCCCCUUGCCUUGUGCAGACGUCACCCAUGUCUUCCUCUGUGUCCACAUGACACUCCCGCGGGCCUACGUCAAAGUCCCCUUUUCUAAAGCCAGCAGGCCCUGGCCUUUCACCUGCUCACCCUGCAUCACAUCACUGCAAAGGAAGGCGGAGGCCCUAGUGUUUGGGGUGAAUCAGCUUUCCGGGGUGGCCACACCAGGCACCGCACCUGGUGGACAGCAGCUCUGCAGGCUGAGUCUCAACUCCCAGAGUGGUGGGGUGGUCCCCCCGAGGCUGUGAGGGACGAAGGACACAGCACACUCUCCACCCCCGGGUUCCUGGCCAGGCCAUGCCAGGUGUCCUGUGACUUAGGGGUGGGUCACGACUUCCGCUCCGUCCUCUCCUGCCCCCUACUGUGGGGCACUGUAUCCACACUCUUCGUUCCCUCUUAAGGACACCUGUCCCUGGCUUAGGGCCCCCAAUCUUGGAUGACCUCAUCUCACCGUGGCUAAAUCUGCCAAGACCCCAUUUCCCUAUCAAGGCAGGUUUGCAGGUGUCAGGGUGAGGCCCCCAGCAUUUUCUUUAGGAAAACAGUUCUAACCAUCCCAAAGGGUCCCAAAGAAGCCCUUGGGAAGGGAGGAGCCAUGUUGCUAUGAAUCUUUUCAUGAUAAGUGAUCUAAAACUAGAAAGUGCCCUGAGCCCAGCUCUGUUCUCUACACCCUGUGAUAGAGCCAUCCUUGUCAGGAGUCAGCAAGCAACAAACCUUGCUUUGCAUAAAUGACUGGAGAUGGAGGUUUGGAUGGAUGGAGUGGAUGGUUUGGUGGGUAGAUGGAUGGAUGAGUGGACGGAUGGGUUAGUGAGUGGAUGGAUGGGAUGGCUUGGUAGAUGCAUGGAUGGCUUGGUGGGGGAGUGGAUGGGUGGGUGGCUUGGUGGGUGGAUGCAUGGAUAGAUGCGUUGGUUGGUGGGUGUAUGGAUGGGUUGUUGAAUGGUUGAAUAUUUGCUUAUGGAGUUGAUUGGGUUGGUGGAUGGGUGGAUGGAUGGACAGACAGAAAAUAAUAGUUUCCAUAGCAUGAGUGAUGCCGGCUCAGUCUGAUAAAUUAAAGUGACCAUCUAGUGGGAGCCAGGAACUGGUCUGCUGUAGGAGCACUGAUCACACUCUGCAUGAGGACUUGACACUGGGCUCUUCCACUGACCCCUGUAGGGAGACAAAAAUACUCCAAAUGCACCUCUUUCCCUCAGAGACACACAGAAGGUCUGAUCUCUUUCCUGAACCUCCCUGGCUUUCUCAUGGGGCCCAGACCUCUACGGGCGAGGUAGGGUGUGACAGACCACCCCUCCUCCCCGGAUGAGGUCACUUUAUGGAAACUUCCCCUGCUCAGAGUCCCCCCGCCACCUUCCACCCAGCCAGUAUCUCCUGAAGUACAGUUUCCUUGGAAGCGUCCACCCCCGGAAGAGGGCGGGAGGAGUCCUUCCUUCUCCUUAGCCUUCAGGGACUCGGCCACCCCGGCACCAGAGCUGGGUAGAGCAGUCGGGCUUUUUCAGCUCGUCCUGCGGUUCUGGUGGGGGCCGCUGACCAGCUCUGGGUCAUAGCCACGGCUGAGGGUGACAGGUGUCACUGCUGAUGAAGACAGAUGAGCACCCGUGUGGGUUCUUGAGGCACACGCUGACAUGUGAGAUCACGAGCAUCACCCCUGGGCGGGGGCGCCCCUGGGGAGCACCCCAUUAGUCUCUCCCCGAUGACAAGACACAGCCCUUUGCCACUCCGUGUGUGCUCAGCAUGAUCAUCAGUGCGAUAAUCACAGGUGCCGCUCGCUCUUCGGGGGUUGACUCCCAAGAGCAGAGCUAGCUGGGGGUGCAGGCGGGGGCCACGUGCAUGCCGAACUAGGUCAUGGUCCCCGUUAGGGCUGCAGGCCUGGCCGGCAGGGGUGAAACACAUGACUCAUCCUGAGAACCAGCAGGUCCCCGAGGCCUAAUUGUGAUUCUUAUUACCUGCAACGAGGCACUGUCUUGCCUUCUCGGGCCUCAUUAGUCAGCUGCGGUGGCCUGCUGGGUCUGUGGAGAGGCUGCCUGGCGCCUGGUGCCCCUCCUGAGGCUGGGCUGUCCUUGCCUGCCGCCUGCAGAGGGUCUCUCAGCCCAGCACACUCGCAGCAGGGCCCCACAGGAACGGUCACCUCCCCGCUGCCUUCACACCUGACCGUGCUCCAGGCCCCUGUCCCUGCUGCUCUCCAAGACGCCCUGUCCUCUCCCGAGUGCCCCAGGAGUUGCUUUCCUGCCUUCUGCUCCUGACCCCAGCUAAGCCCCAAAGUCCAGUCUGUCCACACCGCUCAAGUGAGCCUUGUUUGCUGCAGACUGGGCUGCCUUUGGGAGCACCCGAGGGCCUCCGGGGACCCUCAGAAAACUCUUCUGGCCGGGGAUUUAGCUCAGUGGCACAAGCGCCUGCCUGGCAAGUGCAAGGUCGUGAGUUCAAUCCCUGGGACCAAAAAGAAAAAAAAAAAAAAAAAGAGAAAGAGAGCUCUUCCUGCGGGGGCCACCCAAGAGGGCCUCUCCUGCCCUCACCCGCACCUCCACCCCAGCUUCAGGCACCCUGGGGCUGCUCAGAUCCUGGCUUCGGCUGGGCUCCAACUCCAAGCUCGUGGCUUCCUCCGGGGACUUCAGCCUUGGGCCUCAGAGGGGGAAGCAGGGAGAGAGGGCCCCGGCGGGUGCAGAGUGCGUCCCUCCUGCAGGUAGACAGAGGACCCCGGCUCCUCCCAUCCCGGCCAUCGUGGACUCUGGAAACCCACCAAGUCACCCGACUGCACCGGGGAGCCCUACACCCUUGCCCUUUCGGUCACCCCACAGGAGCCACGCGCAGCCCACGGCCUUGCCCCUGUCCUGCUCACCCCCUCACCCUGGCACCGCUCCUCAGGCCCCACCUCAGGCAGACCCUGCUGCUCUGUGCUGUCCCCACUUCCCCUGGGAAUCCUGGCCGAGACUGUCACCUGCAGUUUACCACAGGACAGAGUCCCUGCGCCUGCGGGGCCCCUGCUGAGUGGACACCCAUAAGCGCGAAGCUUCCCGGGUCACGGUUUUCUCCACGGAUCAAUAAACAGAAUCUAAUCCUACCUGUUCUUAAAGCCUCAGGGAUGUGCAAAGCCCACUGCUGUUCCUUCAGUGUUUGAAAAUAAAUGUGGUUUAAAAAUAA